AUGGUCCUCUUUAACCGAGCUGUCUGCCUUGCUGCUGGCUGUGCCCUGACUGCACCGAAUGCCAGCGAUCCGAUCCCAACACCUAAGAUAACCUUUCCCACCAACGUGACCUGCGGUGAGGUGAACGUGUUCUACACCGGACUUACGGCGUACCACCCACUUGUCCUUUCUCGAGGUUUUGAUCCGGUUCAAACCGAUAUCGCUUUGCGCAACGACACUGCAAACCUCGUUAAGGCUGGAUUCAAUGUCUAUGUUCUCUUCCAAGGACCCGAUCAACCGGCUUCCAACAUUGCGGACCGCAUGAAGGGCAGACGUUGGGGUGUGACCGGCGUUGGAUGGGGUAUUAGGAACUCGACCAUGCUGGAGCUUGUCAACCGCUUUGAAGAGAACAUCAACCAAUACCGCGAGGCCGAGCCACUGGCUCCUUUGGUCUUCAAUUGGAGCCCGACCUCUCUUGCUGAAUCAGUCACCAGGCACGUACCUCUGAGAGACGACUGCACCGGAAAGCCUGGAACGCUAUAUGCAUAUGAGGAAAACUGCCCCCCUGAGCUGUGUGAAAAGACCACUGUGGUUACCUCUGGUAGCCUCGAGGAGCUUCUUCAAGGGAUUUCCCAGUGA